AUGAGAAGACGUUUCACUAAUCAAAAGAACACUAACGCAAAAGCAGAGAUUACGGUUGGUUAUAACGUAAAUGAUGAUAAAUCGCGAAUUAUUCAAAAUGUUAAAGUUAAUGUUAGCCCUGAAUUAACAAGGUCAGCAACUCAACCAAAUUUAUUAACUCGUGACUUACCGAAGAAUGAGGAGAAUGAAGAAAACCAUGAGAAUGGAGACCCAAUCAUUUUAUCUGAACCUGGUAAAGAACCCGUUGAAAUUCCCACUUAUCCAACAUACCCCCACCUCUUUCAUCAAACAUCGAGAACCCAUAUAAAAUAG